ACUAUCAUUGAACUAAACCCAUAAACCCUUAACAUCUUUCUCUCCCAAAACCCUCUCCAAAUCAAUUUCCUUGUGAAGAAAAUGGCCAAGAAAGAGAUGGAAGUGGUGAAGGGGCUGGACAUCAAGAGGUACAUGGGCAGGUGGUAUGAGAUAGCUUCAUUCCCAUCAAGGGAUCAGCCCAAGAAUGGGAUGAACACAAGGGCCACCUACACUUUGAAGGAUGAUGGAACUGUUCACGUGCUCAAUGAGACUUGGAGUGAUGGCAAGAGAGGGUCCAUAGAAGGCACUGCCUACAAGGUUGACCCUUCUAGUGAUGAGGCCAAGCUCAAGGUCAAAUUCUCUGUCCCUCCAUCCUUGCCCAUCUUCCCUGUUGUUGGGGACUACUGGGUCUUGUUCCUUGAUGAUAAUUAUCAGUAUGCUCUCGUCGGCCAGCCCUCCAAGAACCUACUGUGGAUAUUGUGCAGAGAGAACCAUCUGGACGAAGAGAUCUACAAGCAGCUUGUUAAGAGGGCCCAAGAUGAAGGAUAUGAUGUGAGCAAACUUCAAAAGACGCAGCAUACUAAUCCCCCACCAGAGGGAGAAGAAGGCCCCAAAGACACCAAAGGGAUUUGGUGGUUUAAAUCCAUUCUGGGAAAGUAGGCAGUGGUGGAAAAUGGAAAUGGAAGAUUAAUAGAAUUCUGUGUAUGAAAGAAAGAAAGAAAGAAAAUGGCCUGAAAUCCUAGCAGCAAACCCACCCUUUUUUUAUGUGAACUAGUUUAAAAGCCUAGCAGCAAACUUUGAAUAAUGAGUUAGAUUCUAAUGAGUGGUAUAAAUUUAGCAGAGAAAUAGAGUUUAAUUUUGGACCAUGUGUCUUUUAUCUUGUUGGUUUGCUUGUUCACACGUCUCUGUGUUUGGAUGUUAUGGGAAUGGAAAUAGUGUUUCAAUGUAAAUUUUAUUUGAAAAAUAAUGACAGUAAUGUCAUAGAUAUUUGAUUUUAGAAGCAAAUAAA